CCCGCCGGGACCGCGAUGGAAGAGCCAUCCGGUUCAGGAGGAGCACAACCGGGCGAGGACGGCCACGGCCAAGAACCGGCCCAUGAGCCCUCCUCCUACGCCUCCUCCAAUGGCGCCCGGAGCGCCGCUGUGCCGCCGCCUCCCCGCGCGACGCCCCUCCACCUCGAGCAGGCCGGAGGCGGCGCCGACGGGUCGGGCUCCGCCGCGGUGGGUGUCGACCGGAGGGGCAACGGGACGCCGCCGCCCAAGGUCAUUCCUUCUCCUCCGAGCUCCGCGACCGCUCGACCCCAAGCUGGUGUCCAGGCGGCCGUCGACAAGGAGAACAGGCGAUGGGCACAGCAGCUCAAUUCGCUGCGCGCGGAAGGGGCGAUGCAUAGGAAGGAACAGGAGAAACUAUCACAAGUAAAGGCUGUGGUAAAGGUGAGACCCAAGCAGGACAAACUUUUUUCGAAAAAGGGCGCCAAGCUGGACAAACUACUGCUAGUAAAGGGGAAAUCGGUCCCGAGUCGGCUUAAGAGCAAGAUUUUUCGUACAAAAGGAAGGGGAAUAUGUCCGGAACAUGUGAAGCACCAGACACUUCGCAUAUCUGAAGUCAGAAGGCACUAUAAGCUUACUUCUGACGAGGCGAACCAUCUUGAUGCUUAUUCAGAAUGUAGACCGGUGAUUGGAGAUGGGGAGUGUUUCUACAGGAGCUUCAUAUUUUCGUACCUUGAGCAAGUUAUUGAUAGGCAGGACACACAUGAGGAACACCGUCUCCUUAGAAGAGUGUCUACAGAACGUGCAAAUCUUCAAUGGAACUCUGAGUUUUCCCGAAGCAGAAGAGCAUUUAAGGAGCUGAUUGUGAACGUAAUGAAAUGGAAGAGCACGGAAUCAACUAGCAGUCGCCGUAAAGAGAAACUUCUCAAGUUCUUCAGCACAUAUGAUACGACGCAAGACAUUUUUGUUUUCCUCAGAUUACUAGUAGCUAUCCAGAUAUGCUCGCAGAGGGAGUUGUAUGAACCGAUUAUACAAGGGCCCGGAGGAAAUUACAGUCUGGAAGUUUGGUGCUUGCAGCACGUCAUUCCAGCUCGUGUGUACGCGGACCAUGUUAUGAUGGUGGCUUUGGCCAGAGCGCUUGAGGUCCCCCUCAGAGUGGAAUCACUCCAACGAGGAUAUGCUCCAGAUAUCUACACUGGUCCUGGAGUUCCCCGUCCGAGCGUGACCCUGCUGUACACGGGUGAUCACUACGACAUCAUCUACCCACGCGCUCCUUCUGCUGAGAGUUCAAGUCACCAGGCUUCCCAGAGAGAACAUCCUGGUGAUCAGAGUUCAAGUCAUCAGGCUUCCCAGAGAAAACAUCCUGGUGAUCAGAGUUCAAGUCAACGGACUUUCUAGAGAGAACAUCCUGCUGAUCAGAGUUCAAGUCAACAGAUUCCGCCGGAUUAAAGUUGAGUUGGGCUGCUGCCGUUGAAUGAGAGUGCUGCUGAGUUUAGUGGUAGAGUAGAUGCGCCGAUGAAGUUGGGGUAGGCAUAGCAUAUACACUAGUUACUUGUGCAUCCUUCUUCUGUUGGUGAACGUUCUGUGAUCACAUUCGAACUUCUUAAUUGUGUUUUCAAAAUUUGAACAUGGGCAUGAUAUUGGUUGAUUUUUUUUUUGUAUGUAAUGGAAUAUUGCUCUUGUUUGGACA